CCCGAGUAUGACAUUGUUACGCUAAAAGUGUGUCAUCAUCGUCUUAUUGGUGAUCGUAUUCUGGACGGUAAUGGCACACUUUUACCGUGACUUUUUGAUAGCUUUGCCGUUAUUUUUUUUUACAGUGCAGUCUUACAUAGUUUUUCCUUUUUUCUUAUUGGCUUUGUUUCUGUUGUUCUGCAUCUUUAGCUGUCAGAAUGGAAUGAGAAAAAUAGCAGUAAAGUUACACAAAACUUUUUGACAUUCUCACUUAGGUCCAGAGAACGUUCAGUUUCAGUUUUAGAGUAUUUUGUUCUCGAGCAAUUUAAUUCUUUACCAUGAGUGUCUAUCAAAUCCCAAACGAAAGUUCUAAAAAGUCCAGUGUCCAAGAUUGGAGGAGUUUUGGAGAAGCGGAGAAUCAACCCACCCAAAUGUGUGACACUGUCUCCCAGAUUUUAUCGGACAGACUGUCAAAGAUUGACAGAUAUUGUUAGUAGUUAGUUUAGAACAUUCGACAAUCAAUAAGUUACCUGUCCAAAUAACUGAAAGACAGUCUUUUAAGCUCGGAUUCCGCAAUUGAGUUGAAAAAAUUGAUCCUGAGUGUGAUGAAAAUAUCGUGAGAAUGAGACGAAAAUAUAGCAAGAAAAGUGUAGAAACGCGAAAAGACAAGCAUACCAUACUGUGACGCGUUUCGUCGAAAAAAUAAAUUCUAGUGCAGAAUAACAAAAGUUCUUUGCAUUUAAUAAAUGCUUCACUUGCUUAAAAACUGUUCGCUGACUUUUUAAAAAAAACUGUCUGUCAGAAAAACUUCCCCAUCCUGACUGAUAACCAUCGGAAGCCCUGGUCGAAGGCAAAAAGUGUAUCGAUAUAUGAUCAGAUGAAAAGAUGUGCUUAUUUUGCAUACUUUUUCGUUUUUUAGCAAAAUUAUUAUAUGAAAGUUUGAAAUGAAACAAGAAGAAACUUAGAUUUUACGUCAUGCUUUCAUCUCUUUCAGAGAAUUAACGAAAUAUUCAUCAUUGGAAUGUCAACAAUAGUGUAGGAUAGAAAAUAUCUCGUUAUAUUAAUAAUCCAAAAGAGAUGAAAUCAGGUAAUUUAAUUCGACUUUGUUUUUCUUUAAAUCCCAAACUUUCAUUCAAUGAAUUUCUUUGGUCUGUAUAGUAAUAGUAUUCAAGCCAUUCUUCUAUUGCUUUCGUGGAAACUUCUCUUGUGCAUUAAUCCAUCCAUUUAGCAUUGUACAUUGCAUCAUCAACUAUAAGGAUCACUUCAUUACAACAAACGUUUAGCUCUUUUAUCAUAUGUUCCUGAUAUAAAGGAUUGGGUCUUAUUCUUUUUUGAAUAAGUUAUUUUUUUAAAGUAAACGUUACAUAUAUACUACUCACAGCAAAAAUACACAUGAUUAAGCUGCAACAGACUGCGGCUAUUGUGCUAGCUGUUUUUGCCACUGUUGAAUACACUUUACCUUAAUUUAUUGUUGUAUCUUGUUUAUGCACUAAGUUGAUAAAAUUAUUAAUAAAUACUCAUAGUGACGAGAAUGAACCCAAAAGAGCUACACCAAUAUUUAAAAUUGUCAAAAAUUUGAUAGAUGAAUGAAUUAUGAAACACCGAUUUAUCAAGACGUUCAACAUAGGCCAAGGUAAAGAUACUUAAAGAUAAUGUUUGCAUACAUGGACCAAAAUAUGUAGGCAGAUCUUCGUGCAACGCCGGUAUUCGUCGGCAUCAUAGUGAAUUGGGAUCCAAUUGGUGUUCGUCGAGCAUUCCACGGUGUCACCGUAUAUCGGAUUUGAUCUAAGGAUGGAUUUUAUUUUGUUGUCCAAAUGGUUGUUGUUUUGUUGCUGGAUUAAUUUCUACGUCCGAUAAUGUGAAUUUUUUUUGAAGAAAUACAUCGGCAUUGUUUGUUCCAUAUUCUAUGAAUACGUUGAAAAAUAACAAGAGGUCCAUUAGAUCUGCACGAAAUAAACAAGUUAUCUAAUUUCAAUUUUUAAUUAUCACAACUUUUUUCAAGGUAUCAGCUUUAGAUAACUCUUUUUUAUCAUUAUCUUGUUUACCUUUCUUUUGUACUCUAGAUCUAAAUUUAAAAUUUGAAUCAUCAGACCAGUAAUUUAGUGGACUCGAUGUUCCUUCAUUUGAUGAAUAUGAGCGGCCGGAUGAAUUUCUUGCUCUUGUGAACAGUUUUGAUUUACUAUAUUGAUCACCGACUGAUUUUAUAUCAUUUUUAUUCAUUUUAAAUUUGUUUGUCGCUGUUGUUGUUUCAAUCAUUUUUUUCAAUUAGAGAACAUAUAAAAUAAUCCAUUUAAAAAAAAUUUAAGAAAAUAAGCCAUUUAUUUAUCAGUCAGAUCCAAAUUAAUAAACAUUUCAAAGAAAGACAAAUUCUUAAACACAAUUUCUAUUUUCGUUUUAUGAUGAAAUUUCAUCCUAUAAUUAGGCGCAUUUAAUUUUCAGUUAAAUUACACAACCAAGAAAGGGAAGAGUUUACGAUGUCGACAAUGGUUUUAAAAAUCACUUUCACAAAAAAUACACAGAAAGUUCUCUCUCAGUAGUAGUUAAACAAACUUAAGCUUUAAUUAAAAAAACAUUCUCGUUUUAGAUGUUAUCAAGAAAUUUGUUGGGAGCAAUUCGUGUUUUGUUAAAUAGAAAAUUUGUUGUAAAUUCUGAAUUAUUACAAACAUGUGAUACAAUCAGAACUUCGUUAUCGUUUUGUUAUUUUUCACACUCUGGUAGCGCACGUCUAGCAAUGCAAUCAUCUACAAUUACAACAUCACUAAAUAACAAGUCUAAAACUUUAUCAGAAUAUAAUUUAAAACCGGGAUCGAUAAUACCAUUAACUGUUCCAAAACGAGUACCUAAAAAACAUCGUAUAAGUCCUGAAUUAACUACUAUACAAACAAAUGUGGAUGUAUUAACAACUACCGAGAACUAUAGAGUAAUAGCUUAUGCAACAGCCGAUUAUUAUAAUUUAGAUGAUUUAAAAGAAAAAUUAUUAUCAUUAUCAUCAAUAUAUCAGUUUCAAUUGGCACCAAUUUCCGAUGAUAUUGAAGAUGUUUUAUGUUUACAAAAUCGUUUAACAGAUAAUGAAUCGACACUUGUCACAAAUAAUAGUUCUCGUGAAGCAUUUAUAUUUGAUGAUGGUUGUAUUGUUUACUGGAAUAUGACGAAUGAUGAACGAAAACAAAUAAUGAAUUUAGUUAAUGAAAUAAGUGAGAAUAUUUAUCCAGAAUCAUUAAUUGAAGAUGAAAAAGAAGAAAUUUCAUUUAUUGAAGUUACAGCACCAAGUGCAUUAACUAAAGAUCUUAUUCGUGUUACAAAACAUUCAUCAACAGAAAAUUUAUUAGAUAAAUAUGCAUUUUCAAAUGCAUUAGCAUUAUCUGUUAAAUUAGGUGUAUGGGAAACAUUGUUAGAUACAAAUGUUGAAUUUAUUGCUGAUUUAGCUGAACAAUUAAAACGAGGUCAACAUCCUCAUAUUAAAGCUGGUCUUAUCCAACGAAAAUCCGGUGAAUUAUAUUCAUUAAAACAUGCCGUUAAUCUAAGUCAUGAUUUUCUAGAUACACCGGAUUUCUAUUGGGAUAAUCGUCGUUUAGAACAAUUAUAUUUAAAAACAUUCAAUUAUCUUGUUAUUAGUAAACGAACAAAAGUUUUAAAUGAACGUUUAAAUUUUUCAUUAGAAAUGAUUUCAGUUAUUGAAGGUUUACAAAAUGAAAAAAAACAUGUUCGAUUAGAAUGGAUAAUCAUCAUUUUGAUUUGUUGUGAAGUAUUUUUUAAUGUUAUUGAUCAUUUAGAUUUUUUCGGUGAUUCAUUCAUACCAAAACAUAAAAAAUAA